AUGGAGUGGGACCCCCAAACCCGCGUCGAGAUCCUAUCGGAGGCCCUCCCCUACAUUCAAAAGUUCCGUGGCAAGACCAUAGUGGUCAAAUACGGCGGCGCCGCCAUGAAGUCGGAGUCCCUCCGCGCCUCUGUGGUGGCCGACGUCGUCCUCCUCGCUUGCGUCGGCCUCCGCAUCGUGCUCGUCCACGGAGGCGGGCCCGAGAUCAACCAGUGGCUGACUCGUCUGGGCAUCGAGCCCAACUUCCUGGACGGUCUGCGCGUGACAGACGCGUCCACCAUGGAAAUCGUGUCCAUGGUCCUGGUCGGGAAGGUCAACAAGGGCCUGGUCGCCAUGAUCAACCAGGCCGGGGCCACCGCUGUUGGGCUGUCGGGGAUCGACGGCCGGCUCCUGACGGCUCGACCGUCCGCUCGGCAGCGGCUGGGGUUCGUUGGUGACGUGGCGGGGGUGGACCCCACAGUGAUCCGGCCACUGGUGGAGUCCGGCCACAUCCCCGUGGUGGCCUCGGUGGCGGCAGACGGCGGUGGGCAGCCUUACAACAUCAAUGCUGACACGGCGGCGGGUGAGCUGGCGGCGGCCUUAGGGGCGGAGAAGCUGAUACUGCUGACAGACGUGGCGGGGAUACUGGGGGAUCGGGAGGACCCAAACAGCCUGGUGAAGGAGAUUGAUAUAAAGGGGGUGAAGAGGAUGAUUGAGGAAGGGAAGGUGGGAGGGGGAAUGAUACCAAAGGUGAACUGCUGCAUUAGGUCUGCUUUCUAUUUUUAUGUCAGUGAGGUGGUUGUCCAGGUUUUAUUUGGUGUCCUCUUGCUUGUAUAUAUCCCUGAUUUGGAUCCUUAUCCAGAAUAUUCGUCCUUGCAAGCUGGGCCGGAGGACGAUAAUAUCUAUGAAGAACUCCCUUGGAUGUCUAGAAAUCUGUUGAAAAUCACUUUCUCGUGGAUGAAUCCCAUCAUGCAGCUGGGAUAUAGAAAGCCUCUCACAGAUAAGGAUGUCUGGAAACUUGACACUUGGGAUAGAACAGAAACACUUAAUGACUCAUUCCGAAAAUCUUGGGCUCAGGAAAUUCAGAAACCCAGACCUUGGCUUUUAAGAGCUUUAAAUCGUAGCCUUGGUGGAAAUUUUGGUGGGGAGGCUUCUGGAAGUUCCUUGGCUCUGCCGGUCAAAGAUGGAGUUUGGUCAAAAGCCGUGGAAAAUGCAUUUGGAGCUUACACUCCGUGUGCCACAGACUCUCUAGUUAUCGUCGUUUCACAUCUGGUUCUUCUGGGGUUGUGUUUAAAUCGGCUAUGGAAGUUGAAGAACGAUUUUUCCAUUCAGAGGUUCCGCUUAAGAUCGAAUUAUUACAACUAUGUGCUGGGGUUGUUGGCUUUUUAUAGCACCGGAGAACCUUUGUUCAGGUUGAUAAUGGGAUUUUCAGCAUUUAAUGUAGAUGGUCAGAAGGGUCUUGCCCCUUAUGAGAUUGCUUCCCUCGUCAUUGAAGCUGUGACAUGGGGCUCGAUUCUUCUGAUGAUUGGACUAGAGACAAACGUUUAUGUUCGUGAAUCACGUUGGUCCGUCAGAUUUGGUGUUAUAUAUGCUCUUGUAGGGGAUGCCGUUAUGAUGAAUCUUGCUCUUACUGUUAGAGAAUUUAUCAACUGGUCUGUUUUCUAUUUGUAUAUCAGUGAAGUGGUUGUCCAGGUAUUAUUUGGCAUCCUCUUGCUUGUGUAUAUCCCUGAUUUGGAUCCUUAUCCGGGAUAUUCGCCCUUGCAAGCCGAAUCAGUGGACAAUACUGCCUAUGAAGAACUUCCGGGAGCUGAGCGAGUAUGUCCUGAGAGGCACGUGAACAUAUUCUCUAAAAUCACAUUCUCUUGGAUGAACCCAAUCAUGCAGCUGGGAUAUAGAAGGCCUCUCACAGAGAAGGAUGUCUGGAGACUCGACACUUGGGACAGAACAGAAACACUGAAUGACUCGUUCCAGAGGUCUUGGGCUCGGGAGAUUCAGAAACCCAAACCUUGGCUAUUAAGAGCUUUAAAUAGUAGCCUUGGCGGAAGAUUUUGGUGGGGAGGCUUUUGGAAGAUAGGGAAUGAUGUCUCACAGUUCAUCGGUCCUCUAAUAUUGAACCGCCUUUUAGAAUCUAUGCAACGAGGAGAUCCAGCUUGGAUUGGUUACAUAUAUGCAUUUUCAAUAUUUCUUGGAGUGGUAUUUGGCGUGUUAUGCGAAGCUCAGUAUUUUCAAAACGUCAUGCGUGUUGGCUAUCGUUUGAGGUCAACUCUGGUUGCUGCAGUUUUCCGCAAAUCCUUAAAGCUGACUCAUGAGAGCCGCAAAAGCUUUGCUUCUGGUAAAAUUACAAAUUUGAUGACAACUGAUGCUGAAGCUCUUCAGCAAAUAUGCCAAUCACUCCACACUUUGUGGUCAGCUCCUUUCCGUAUUGUUGUGGCCUUGGUUCUUCUUUACCAGCAACUGGGUGUUGCUUCACUUCUUGGUGCACUGCUGCUUGUUCUUCUGUUCCCAAUACAAACAUUGAUAAUCAGCAAGAUGCAAAAACUGACAAAAGAAGGGUUGCAACGCACGGACAAGCGAAUUGGACUCAUGAAUGAAAUCUUGGCUGCUAUGGACACUGUCAAAUGUUAUGCAUGGGAGAAUAGUUUCCAGGCAAAGGUUCAAAGUGUUAGAAACGAGGAGUUGUCUUGGUACAGGAGAGCUCAGCUGCUGGGAGCCUUGAACAGUUUUAUACUUAACAGUAUUCCUGUGGUGGUGAUUGUUAUUUCAUUUGGAGUAUUCACUUUACUUGGAGGAAACCUGACACCUGCAAGGGCUUUUACUUCUCUCUCGUUGUUUGCGGUUUUACGAUUUCCAUUGUUCAUGCUUCCAAAUAUUAUUACACAGGUAGUAAAUGCAAAUGUGUCAUUGAAACGUCUGGAGGAACUCCUUCUAGCUGAAGACCGAAUUCUUUUGCCUAAUCCACCCAUUGAACCUGGAUUACCAGCUAUCACAAUUAGGAAUGGAUACUUUUCUUGGGAGGCUAAGGCAGAAAGACCAACUUUGUCGAACAUCAACUUGGACAUACCAAUUGGUAGCUUAGUUGCUGUUGUUGGCAGCACUGGCGAAGGAAAAACAUCGCUUAUAUCGGCAAUGCUCGGUGAGCUUCCUCCAGUUGCAGAUGCCACUGUUGUCAUCAGAGGAAAAGUUGCAUACGUGCCACAAGUUUCAUGGAUUUUUAAUGCCACGGUCCGUGACAAUAUACUGUUUGGCUCCACAUUUGAACCUGGGAGAUAUGGGAGGUCGAUAGACGUGACGUCUCUGCAGCAUGACCUGGAUUUACUGCCAGGUGGUGAUCUCACUGAAAUUGGUGAACGAGGGGUCAACAUUAGUGGAGGCCAAAAGCAGAGAGUUUCUAUGGCUCGGGCUGUUUAUUCAGAUUCUGAUGUUUACAUAUUUGAUGAUCCUUUAAGUGCUCUAGAUGCUCAUGUGGGCCGUCAGGUAUUCGAAAAGUGCAUCAGAGGAGAGUUGAGAGGAAAAACAAGGGUUCUAGUCACUAAUCAACUACAUUUUCUAUCCCAAGUUGAUAGAAUACUCUUGGUGCAUGAAGGUACGGUUAAAGAAGAGGGAACAUUCGAAGAGCUCUCAAACAGUGGCGUUCUAUUCCAAAAGCUCAUGGAAAAUGCCGGCAAAAUGGAAGAAUAUGUUGAAGAAAAUGAAGAUACUGGCAAAGUUGAUGAUAAAACUUCUAAACCAAUUAAUGGUUUGAACGGCGAGGUAUCUAAAGAUGUAAAAGAAAAGAAUGAUAAGAAAGAAGGCAAGUCUGUUCUGAUUAAGCAGGAAGAACGAGAAACUGGUGUUGUGAGCUGGCAUGUAUUGAUGAGAUACAAAAAUGCACUGGGAGGUGCAUGGGUGGUUAUGAUUCUAUUUACGUGCUAUGUUUUAUCCGAAAUUCUUCGAGUUUCGGGCAGCACAUGGCUUAGCCAUUGGACAGAUACAAGCACUGUACAUACGCAUGGGCCAAUAUUCUACAAUUUGGUCUACUCGAGCCUUUCUUUUGGUCAAGUUUUGGUGACGCUGAUAAAUUCAUUCUGGUUAAUAACGUCGAGCCUUUAUGCUGCAAGAAGACUGCAUAAUGGUAUGCUAAAUUCCAUUCUUCGAGCUCCAAUGGUCUUCUUCCACACGAAUCCGCUCGGAAGAAUCAUCAACAGAUUCGCAAAGGAUUUAGGUGACAUAGAUAGAAAUGUUGCUCCUUUUGCGAACAUGUUUCUCAAUCAAGUGUCGCAGCUUAUUUCUACAUUUGUUCUUAUCGGGAUUGUGAGCACAAUGUCAUUGUGGGCCAUCAUGCCUCUUCUGGUCUUGUUUUACGUAGCAUAUCUGUAUUACCAGAGCACGGCUCGUGAAGUGAAGCGCUUGGACUCAAUCACCCGAUCCCCCGUUUACGCUCAAUUCGGCGAGGCACUCAACGGCCUCACGACCAUACGAGCCUACAAAGCCUACGACCGAAUGGCCGGUAUAAACGGCAAAUCCAUGGACAAUAACAUCCGUUUCACACUCGUCAACAUGAGUGGAAACCGCUGGCUCGCCAUCCGUUUAGAAACUGUCGGUGGCAUUAUGAUAUGGUUCACCGCCACAUUUGCCGUUUUGCAAAACGGACGAGCCGAAAACCAAGAAGCUUUCGCAUCCACAAUGGGUUUGCUAUUGAGUUACGCGUUGAACAUCACAAGCUUGUUGACCGGCGUUCUGAGGCUUGCCAGCCUGGCGGAGAACAGCUUUAAUGCGGUCGAGAGGGUCGGGACUUACAUAGAGCUUCCGUCUGAGGGCCCACUGGUGAUCGAGAAUAACCGGCCGCCGCCAGGCUGGCCUUCGUCGGGUUCGAUAAGGUUUGAGGAUGUGGUUUUGAGGUACAGGCCUGAGCUGCCACCUGUACUGCACGGGAUAUCGUUCGAGAUUUCGCCGAGUGAUAAAGUGGGGAUUGUGGGGAGGACUGGGGCUGGGAAGUCGAGCAUGCUGAAUGCUUUGUUUAGGAUUGUCGAGCUGGAGAGUGGGAGAAUCUUUAUCGACGGUUGUGAUAUUGCCAAGUUUGGGCUGACGGAUCUCCGGAAGGUUCUGGGGAUUAUACCACAGUCACCUGUGCUUUUCUCAGGUACUGUUAGGUUCAAUCUUGAUCCGUUCAAUGAACACAAUGAUGCUGAUCUUUGGGAGGCUUUGGAAAGGGCCCAUUUGAAAGAUGUCAUCAGGAGGAAUCAUUUGGGUUUGGAUGCAGAGGUCUCUGAAGCAGGAGAAAAUUUCAGUGUUGGACAGAGGCAAUUGUUGAGUCUUUCUCGAGCAUUACUUCGCAGAUCAAAGAUUCUUGUUCUUGAUGAAGCAACGGCUGCAGUCGAUGUUAGGACUGAUGCCCUCAUCCAGAAAACCAUCCGCGAAGAAUUUAAAUCCUGCACAAUGCUAAUCAUUGCCCACCGUUUAAACACCAUCAUUGAUUGUGAUAGAAUUCUUCUGCUCGAUGCUGGUCAGAAAGAAGACGGUGCCUUUUCCAAGAUGGUCCAAAGCACUGGGGCUGCAAAUGCCGAGUACCUUCGCAGCCUAGUGCUCAGAGGCGAACCAGACAGCGAUAAACGAGAGACAGAAAACCAGCUGGAUGGCCGGAGACGGUGGCUAGCCUCCUCCCGUUGGGCGGCUGCCGCCCAGUUUGCGCUGGCGGUGAGUUUAACUUCUUCGCAAAAUGAUCUCCUGCAGUUGGAAGUUAGCAGUGAGGAUAAUAAUAUCCUCCGGCAGACGAGGAAUGCCGUAAUUACCCUCCAGGAAGUAUUGGAGGGUAAGCAUAACAAGGAAAUCGAGGAGAAUCUUGACAGGAACCAGAUUUCGGGGGAUAGGUGGUGGUCAUCUCUAUACAAAAUGAUUGAAGGUCUGGCGAUCAUGAGUAGGCUUUCCCGGAAUAAGCUCCACCAUGCGGAUAAUUUUGAGGAUCGGACAAUCGACUGGGACAAUUUCGUAACAGGGUAUCACUGUCAAUUGAUGACUGUUUAUGUGAAGAAAAAUGACAAUGAGUUUGAUGAAAACAUGGGUUUUAAACCAUUAGUCUGGUUUUGCCGGCCAUCGACAAAUGAAAUUUGGGCUCGAGAGACAGACAGCGCACUUGGUGCAUUUACGCCUUGUGCCGUUGACUCUAUUGUGGGGAAUGUUUCUCAUUUGAUUCUUUCGGGUUUGUGCUUGUAUAGAAUGUGGCUGAUCAAGUUCAAUCCAAAAGUCCAAAGAUUCUGCUUGAGAACAAGUUUCUACAACUAUGCACUGGCCUUUUUAGCAAGUUGUUGUGCUGCUGAGCCGUUGUUUAGAUUUUUCAUGGGGAUAUCACUAUUCAAUUUGGAUGAAGAGAUGGGAUUUGCUCCUUUUGAGAUGGUUCAUUUGGGCAUCGAGUUUAUCUCAUGGUGUUCUAUGGUUGUUAUGCUGCUUCUUGAAACUAACGUAUAUGUCAAAGAGUUCAGAUGGUCUACGCUGUAUUUGUAUAUCAGUUCAGUCUUCUUCCAGAUUUUGUUUGGUGUGGUGCUUCUAGUUUAUGUUCCAAAUUUGGACCGAUACCCCGGCUACAUACCACUAUUGGAUUCUGUUGAUGACACCAAAAAUGAUAAUAAGCCUCUAGCAGAGCUCGUUUGCCCCGAGAGAUAUGCUAAUAUAUUUUCCAGGAUUUACAUUGACUGGAUGACCCCUUUAAUGCGACAAGGCUACAAAAAACCCAUAACUGAAAAGGAUGUCUGGAAGUUGGACUCAUGGGAUCAGACAGAAAUUUUGUGUACAAACUACAAAGUCUAUUCCCUGGAAAGAGGCAAUCCAGCUUGGCUUGGUUAUGUCUAUGCACUAUCGAUUUUCAUCAGUGUGUCUCUUGGAGUUCUUUGUGAAGCUCAUUAUUUUCAGAAUGUCAUGCGCAUUGGUUUUCGGCUAAGAUCGACUCUGGUGGCUGCCAUAUUUCGCAAAUCCUUACGGCUAACACAUGAAAGCCGUAAGCACUUUCCAUCUGGAAAAAUAACAAAUAUGAUGACAACAGAUGCAAAUGCACUUCAGCAAAUAUGCCAACAACUUCAUGGAUUAUGGUCAUAUCCGUUUCGAAUUAUCGUGGCUAUGGUUCUUCUUUACCAGCAAUUAGGUGUAGCAUCACUUCUUGGUUCUUUAAUGUUAGUCCUCAUGUUCCCUGUCCAGUGUAAUACAUUCAUACUAAACAGCGCACCAGUCCUCGUGACAGUUAUUUCUUUUGGAAUGUUCACUUUUCUUGGUGGAGACUUGACACCUUCCAGGGCCUUCACAUCUCUUUCGUUAUUUGCUGUUCUUCGAAGGCCUCUGAAUAUGCUCCCUAAUUUAAUUACCCAGGUCGUGAAUGCAAAUGUAUCUCUACAGCGUUUGGAAGAAUUGUUGCUUGCUGAGGAGAGAACUUUAUCACCUAAUCCAUCACUCGAGCCAACACUCCCAGCAAUCUCAAUCAAGGGUGGAAACUUUUCAUGGGAUUCUAAGGAUGCAAGACCCACUUUAUCAAAUAUUAAUUUACAAGUACCGAUUGGCAGCUUAAUUGCAAUUGUUGGUGGUACUGGAGAAGGAAAGACCUCAUUAGUCUCAGCAAUGCUUGGAGAGAUACCUCCCAUUGGCGAUGCAAGUGUCAUAAUCAGAGGAUCUGUAGCUUAUGUCCCGCAAAUUUCGUGGAUUUUCAAUGCUACAGUUCGCGAUAAUAUAUUAUUUGGGUCGUCCUUUGAACCGAUAAGAUAUUGGAAGACUGUAGAUGUCACUGCAUUGCACCAUGACCUUGAAUUGCUACCAGGCCAUGAUCUUACAGAGAUUGGUGAAAGAGGAGUAAAUAUUAGUGGAGGUCAAAAGCAAAGAGUUUCAAUGGCCAGGGCAGUGUACUCUGACUCAGAUGUUUUCAAUAAUUGUAUCAAGGAAGCACUGGAAGGAAAAACGAGAGUUCUUGUCACAAAUCAGUUACAUUUUCUGCCUCAAGUUGACAGAAUAGUUUUAGUCUCUGAAGGUACAGUGAAAGAGGAAGGCACCUUUGAGGAGCUCUCCAAGAACGGCACACUUUUCAAGAAACUUAUGGAGAAUGCAGGCAAAGUGGAAGAACAAAUGCAUGAAAAUAAUGGGGAUAUGGUGAGUUUUCGCCAUGAAACUUCUCCACUUUCGAGUGCUGUGGAUGUGCAUGAAGUGCCGAAAACUGCUGUCAACUCUACAAGCAAAGCCAAAUCAGGCAGAUCGGUUCUUAUAAAGCAGGAGGAGAGAGAGACCGGGAUAGUCAGCUGGAAUGUUUUGAACAGGUAUAAAAAUGCUCUAGGGGGCUUGUGGGUUGUAAUGGUAUUAUUUGCAUGCUAUAUACUAACAGAAACUCUAAGAAUUUCAAGUAGCACAUGGCUGAGUGUAUGGACCGAACAGAGCACAUCGACCGGUUAUGGUCCCGGUUUCUAUAUUCUUAUUUACGCAAUACUUUCGUUUGGACAGGUGCUAGUGACACUUACGAAUUCGUUUUGGUUGAUCACAUCGAGCCUUAAUGCCUCUAAAAGAAUUCACGACUCGAUGCUACACUCCAUAUUCAGAGCUCCUAUGGCAUUCUUUCAUACUAACCCUAUCGGUCGAGUAAUCAACAGAUUCGCAAAAGAUCUCAGUGAUAUCGACCGUAAUGUCGCAAAUUCUGUCAACAUGUUUCUAAGCCAAUUUUUUCAGCUCCUAUCGACUUUCGUGCUGAUAGGAUUCGUGAGCCCUAUAUCUUUGUGGGCCAUAUUGCCUCUUCUCGUGUUGUUUUAUGCCGCGUAUCUUUAUUACCAGUUUGGAGAAGCGCUAAACGGUCUCUCCACAAUACGAGCAUACAAAGCGUACGACCGAUUGGCAAAUAUAAACGGCAAGUCUAUGGACAACAACACGAGGUUCACUCUAGUCAACAUAAGCUCGAAUCGUUGGCUAACAAUAAGACUCGAAACUCUCGGAGGAUUCAUGAUCUGGCUGACCGCAACUUUUGCCGUCAUGCAAAACAACCGAGCUCAAAACCAGGUGGCAUUCGCAUCUACUAUGGGCUUGCUCCUUAGUUAUUCCUUAAACAUCACGAAUCUGUUGAGCAAUGUGCUGAGACAAGCGAGUCGAGCCGAAAACAGUUUGAAUUCGGUCGAACGUGUAGGAACGUACAUAGAUUUGCCCUUCGAAGCCCCUGAAGUGAUCGGGGAUAACCGACCCUUUACCGGGUGGCCUGCAUUGGGAUCCGUGAAGUUCGAAAAUGUUUGUUUAAGGUACAGGCCCGAGCUACCUCCUGUUUUGAGGGGGCUGACGUUCGAUAUUUAUCCGCACCACAAAGUUGGGAUAAUUGGGAGGACCGGGGCCGGUAAGUCGAGCAUGAUUAACGCGUUGUUCCGAAUAGUGGAGCUCGAAAGGGGAAGAAUUUUGAUCGACGAUUUUGAUGUUGCGAAAUUUGGAUUGAUGGAUUUACGCAGAGUACCAUUAGAUUUAACCUUGAUCCUUUUGCACAACGACUUGGAUCUGUGGGAGGCUUUGGAACGAGCACACUUGAAGGAUGUUCUCAGAAGGAGUGCAUUAGGCUUAGAUGCUGAGGUUUUUGAAGGGGGUGAAAAUUUUAGUGUCGGGCAGAGGCAGCUAUUGAGUCUUGCACGAGCAUUACUUCGUAGAUCAAAGAUCCUCGUGCUUGAUGAAGCAACAGCAGCCGUUGAUCUAAGAACUGAUGCACUUAUACAGAAAACAAUCCGUGACGAAUUUAAAUCUUGCACAAUGCUAACUAUCGCUCAUCGCCUCAAUACUAUAAUCGAUAGUGACAAAAUCCUCGUUCUUGAUGCUGGUCAGGUGAUUGAGUACGACACUCCCGAAAAUCUUCUUUCGAGCGAAGAAAGUGUUUUCUCUAAGAUGGUUCGUAGCACGGGAGAAGCAAAUGCUAAGUACUUGAAAAGCUUAGUUGUGAGUACAAAGGGCCGGGAGAAUAAUAACAGACCGAAAAAUGGGGCCCACAUAUCGUCCCGCUGGAAUGAAGCCACUCAGCAUGCUCUUGCUUUAAAUCUCGAAGCCUCGUUAAAGAAUCUUCAGAUUCCUGAUUCUGAAGAUGAAAAGAACAGCAUUAUUAUUAUCAACAAAACAAGUGAUGCAAUUGUAACUCUGCAGAAAGUGUUGAUGGGUGAACACAACAGAGUUAUUGAGGAUACCCUCGAUCGUUUUGAGGUUCCGUAUUAUCGAUGGUGGUCGGGUUUAUACAGAGUGAUCGAAGGACUUGCUGAGAUGAGCAGAUUGGGAAAUGGGUUCCAGCAUCUGAAAAAUGGUACAGAAGAGAAUUGGGAUGAUGAUGAUGUGAAGUUUUUACUCCAUUGGCUAGAACUAAUCUCAAAGAAAGCUUGUGGCAAAAUAUUACAACUCAAAAACUUAAAUUACACGAGUUGGAGUGUGCUGCACGUCUUCACGCUCAGUGUCAUUACUAAGAAUUUCCUCAAAACUAUCGGCAUAAACACUCGAAAACACUGUAAGCGCCUGAAAAACCUUGGGGAGACUCAUUUGCAGGCUAUUAACAAUCAUGACCCUCAAUUCAUGUACUUAACCUUCUCGUUGUUCACUAACACCUUCAAUGCUUCGACUUUUGCACGCCUGAUUGUCAAAGGGUGGUUAUUAGAAGUCAAUACAGAGUUAGAAUCUUCGGUCGAGAAGUUUCUGGAAAAUCUCAUCUCAACUUCCGAAAGUAAAGCAAGCUCUCUUUCGAGUUUUUUUUCUAGCCUUUGGGAUCUUUUGCGCAUGCUGCAUUCUUCAUGCUGCUGCACGACAAUGAUAAUGCGUAAGUUCGGACCACUUGCAGAGAGCCCUCACAUACUCGUGUUGAAAUUUAACAAGCUUGCAAAAGCUAAGGUACCAAGAGUUGACUUCUGUCUGAAGCUGAGCAGCCGCCUGACG